UUCUUCAAAACCUGGUUGGUGGGGGCUCCAGCUAACCAGUGGGCCAUGUCAAAUAUAAGCUGAACUUGUGGCUCCCUCACAGAUGUGAGAAGAGGUUCGAGUAAAACCAGAAAGUAAUCAAGAUGGCCAUGCUUGUGGUAACACUGCUUCUCUCAAUUGGUCUCCAAGGCUGUGUUCUGACCGCGACUUAUGAUGCCAAUCAAAGUCAACCAGAUCUCAUGAAAACGGGGGAUCUCUGCCAGGACUGCACCAAAAUAUUUGAACUCCUUGUUGACAUGCUUUCCAAUGCAGACCUGCAGAAAAAGAUCAUGGAUGGAAUUGAAAGUCUGUGUGCACACCUGCCGGGAAAAACUGCCCAAAUCUGCAAAGAAGAGGUGGACAAGAUGCUCCCGCUGGCCAUCACCUUUUUUACUGGGAUUGUAAAACCAGGUGAGAUCUGCAAAAUCAUUGGGCUCUGCAGCUCCUGUGAUAAACACGAGAAGAUGCUCGGCUACUUUGCCAACGAAGCCCUUCAGGUUGCUGUGACGAAAGACAAUGCCAACCCCACAACACACUGCUCCUUCUGCAUUUUCCUUUUUAAAACCUUGGAAGAUCUGCUGCCUAAGGAGAGGACUGAGGGCGCUGUGAUCAAGCUGCUGGAGGAGAUUUGUAUAAUCUUGCCACCCGCCUACCGAGACCAGUGUGAUACAAUCAUUGGGAAGUUUAGCAAGACAGUGCUGGAUGCAAUCUUGGGCUAUGCCACCCCUGAAGCCAUUUGUAACCUCAUCCACCAGUGUAAAGGGCAGGAAGCUCCCAUUGUGGACCCAUGCAUCUUGCCAACAUACAGAUGCAGAGAUACCAAGACUGCCCUCAAAUGUGGAACGGUUUUCUACUGUCAGAAAUUUGUCUGGAAGCCUCUAAACUACAAUCUAAUCUAACAUUCAAAAGGGUGGGAAUAAAACCAUGAGUCACACUCAUGACUAACCAUCAUUGCUCAAUAUCAAGCUGCAAAUAUUUCUGCUUGCAUUUUUU